AUGAAGCUGAUUCAGAACAAAAGCUACCUUUUGGUGGUUUUCCUCCUGUACGUUAGUAUAUUCGCCAGAGGCGACCAAAAAAUUGUGGAUGAAGUGAAAUAUAGUGAGGAAGUAUGUAAUGAGAGCGUCGAUUUAUACCUCCUAGUUGACGGGUCAGGAAGUAUUGGAUACCCGAACUGGGUCACGAGAGUCAUACCAAUGCUUACUGGCUUGAUUGGCAAUCUAAGCCUCUCAAGGGACGCUAUCAACUUAUAUAUGGGUUUAUUCGCAAGCCGUACAACUGAAUUGAUCAGACUUGGCAGUGGCCCAUCUAUUGAAAAAAAACUAGCACUGAAUGCAGUUGCUGAUUUGAAGAAAGGAUAUUCACCUUACGGUGCCACCAAUAUGUCCUCUGCUCUGGAAGAAGUGAUGAUGCAUUUAAAGGAUCGAGUUAACAGAGAAAAAGCAAUCCAAUUGGUUAUCUUAUUGACUGAUGGUAUACCUAAUAAUAAGGUCAGAGCCUUGGAAUUGUCCAAAGAAUUAAAACAAAAAGGUGUGAAGUUGGCUGUUAUCGGAAUUGGACAAGGCAUUAACCACCACUUCAAUAGAUUAAUCGCAGGAUGUCGUCCCCGUGAGCAACACUGUAAAUUUUAUUCCCAUGCUGACUGGAAUGAGGCCGUGGAUCUUAUCAAACCUUUUAUUGCAAAGGUGUGUACUGAAGUAGAAAAGGUUGCUAAUUGUGGUCCCUGGAAUCCAUGGACUCCAUGCAGUGUUACUUGUGGAAAGGGAACACACAGCAGAUCAAGACCAUUGUUGCAUGAUGGAUGUACUACUCACAUGGUUAACGAAUGUGAUGAGGGAGAAUGCCCAGUGGAACCUGAGCCUAUUCCCGUACCAGCUCCUUUCCCAGCCGCCCCUGAAGAUCUCAAGCCACGUAACACAGAUGAUGAUGAUGAUGAUGACCACCCCAAUUUUCACAAAGGCCUAGAUGUGCCUGAUGUAGAAGAUGAGGUUCCACCUGAAAAUGAUGGAACGGAUGGAAACCCAACCGAAGAAAAUGACUUCCCCCCAAAAGAUGACGUUGUACCUGAUGAAUCAAAUGCCCUUCCGUUACCCCCCGUAGUUCCUGGAGGUUCAAAUGAGGAGUUCCCAACAGGUGAUGAGAAUAACCCAGAGAACCCAUUGAACCCAGAGAACCCAGCGAAUUCAGAGUACCCAGAGAACCCAGAGAGCCCAGGGAACGCAGAGAACCAAGAAGAGUCACCAACGGAGCAGGAAGCACCCCAAGACAACAACAUAAAUGAACCAGAGCGUACCGAUGAUAAGGGAUCUGGAAUAAAUGACAAAUUAAUUCCCAAACCGAUGGAUAACGAAAGAGACAUAGCCCCGAACAAAAAGGUUCAUCCUAGUUCAACAAAUCACGCUCAUGAUAGGUACGCCAGACCGCACAGACACUCAGGAGGAAAUGAUAACGGUACUAACGCAAAUUCGGACAUUCCCAACAAUUCCGGCGAAUCGGAAUACGAAGAACCUGAGGAUAAGGGAAAGAAGUCAUCAAAUAAUGGCUACAAAAUUGCAGGUGGAGUAAUUGCUGGAUUGGCCCUAGUUGGCUGUGUUGGAUUCGCGUACAAUUUCGUAUCUAGCGGAGGUGCUGCAGGAAUGGGUGGUGAACCUGCGCCCUUUGAUGAGGCGAUGGCUGAAGAAGAUAAAGACGCUGCGGAGGCAGACCAGUUCAAGUUACCCGAGGAUAACGACUGGAACUGA